CGCAUCGUGGUGUCGCGCGGCCGCCUGCGCCGCCUGCUCUGGAUCGCGCUGACGCUCAGCGCCGUGGCGCUCAUCCUGUGGCAGUGCGCCGAGCUGGUGCUGGGCUACUACAGCGCCUCCGUGUCCGUCACCGUGCGCUUCCAGAACCUGCGCUUCCCCGCCGUCACCAUCUGCAACAUCAACCCCUACAAGUACAGUGUGAUAAAAGAGUACCUGUCCGAGCUGGACAAAGAGACCAGAAUCGCACUGGAGUCUUUAUACGGGUUUUCAGAAGGCAAACCCAAGGUCCGCCGGGAUGCAGAGGACAGGAACGUGACAGAGUAUCAAUACCUUGAGAAAGUCCCACUGCUCAGGUUCGAGGACCUCAUUCGGAAAGAAGCCACCGACCUUCACAGCGGGCACAAGCGGAAAAUUGAGUCCAACGUCUUCCACAAAGGGUCCACGAAUACUGGGGAUCCACAAAACAUGAUCGGCUUUCAGCUGUGUGACCCAAACAACAGCAGCGACUGUGCAGUUUACACAUUCAGUUCUGGUGUCAACGCUAUUCAAGAAUGGUACAAACUGCAUUAUAUGAACAUCAUGGCACAAAUUCCCCUGGAGAGGAAGGUGAAUAUGGGCUAUUCGGCUGAUGACCUUCUGCUAACAUGUUUCUUUGAUGGCCUGUCUUGUGAUACAAGAAACUUCACUCCGUUCUAUCACCCGCUGCACGGCAACUGCUACACCUUCAACAGUGGAGAAAAUGGGACGAUCCUGAGCACCUCCACAGGAGGCAGCGAGUACGGAUUACAGGUUGUCCUUUAUAUAGAGGAAGCAGACUACAAUCCUUUCUUGGUGACAUCAACUGGGGCCAAGAUCAUCAUCCACGACCAAAACGAAUAUCCCUUCAUUGAAGAUAUCGGCACAGAGAUCGAGACAGCGACUGCCACCUCCAUAGGGAUGCAUUUUACGCAGUCUCGCAAGCUCAGUGAACCAUACAGCGACUGCACAGAGACUGGCACAGAUAUAAAUGUGGAAAACCUCUACAACAAGACCUACUCUCUCCAGAUUUGCCUUCACUCCUGCUUCCAGAGGGCCAUGGUGGAUCACUGCGGCUGUGCCCAGUAUGCCCAGCCCUUGCCUGCUGGGGCUGAGUACUGCAACUACAAGAAACAUCCCAGCUGGAUGUACUGCUACUAUAAGUUGCAUGAGAAGUUUGUGAAGGAGCAGUUGGACUGUCAGCAGAAGUGCAAAGAAGCCUGCAGCUUUAAGGAGUGGGCGCUCACCACCAGCAUAGCCCAGUGGCCAUCCACCGCUUCGGAGGACUGGAUGCUCCGGGUCCUCUCUUGGGACAAAGGGCAGAAAAUCAACAAGAUGUUAAAGAAAACGGACCUCGCAAACCUGAUGGUGUUUUACAAAGACCUGAACAAGAGAUUCAUUUCCGAGAAUCCUGCCAACAACAUUGUCAUUCUGCUUUCCAACUUCGGGGGCCAGCUGGGCCUGUGGAUGAGCUGCUCCGUGGUGUGUGUCAUUGAGAUUGUUGAGGUUUUCUUCAUUGACUCUCUCUCCAUCAUCAUGCGGCGCCGCUGGCAGAAGACAAAGAAAUGGUGGAAUUCCCGAAAGGCCAAGCAGAGCCAGUUGCCUGCCCAGGGGACCGGUCCGGGCAAGCAGGGCCAUGACAACCCAGCGUGCAUCGACGAGGACUUGCCAACCUUUAACACUGCCCUUCGCUUGCCGCUGCCCCAGGAAAAUCACUUGCCCAGGACUCCCCCACCCAACUACAGCACUUUGCGACUAGACACCGCAUUUACCGAACAGCUGCCUGACACACUAGAGACCGAGAGCCGCUGAGGCAAUAUUGAUCUCCUCAUGUCGGUGCCAAAGACAGUGGACAUGUGACCCAGGAGCCAAGGGCAUGCGUCUGGGGGUUUGCCCUUGGGGGUAGAUGGUGUUUGGACUCUAAGUGGGAGAUUUGGAGCUUUCUGUUAAAAGCAUCCCUGAGCAAACACCAGGCAUGAGGGCUUGGCCAGAGGGCACGGCAGGCCUGGCAUCUCCAGCAGCAGAGAGCUCGUGUCUUCACGAAGACAAUGACAAACAUUGUGGACAAGCUGCACAUCGUUCACCUGUCUGGUGCUAAUGCUGUGACUGCUUGCGGCUCCUCAUCGGCAUCCCAGUGCACGGGCCAGGCCAGGCCUUAGGGGAGGCCAGAGUCCAUUGCUGGGAGACAGGGAGGUUUGGGAGGAGAGUGGAAUCCACCCAGAUGCCACAUGCUGCUAGUGGAAAGGAAAACGCGUUGUUAAGCUGUAUCCCCUUUCACUCAAGGCCUUACUGCCAGCGUGGCUCCUGGUCCAGGGGGAGAACUUUAAAGCCAAAA